CUCUACAUCAAGGAUAUCCUGGAGAUGAAGGAGUCCCAACAAAUGCCAGGACCUUCUGAAUAACAAGCUUUGAGAAAAAAAGAAGAAAAAAAAAAGGAUACCUUCCCUGAAGAUGGGAUUUCUCUAUGUAGCACUGGCUGACCAGAUACUCAUCAUGUAGACCAGCCUGGAUUUGAAUGGUUUUUCAUCUUGUUUCUUGAGAUGGAUCUCUUUAAAAGAUCUGAGCAUAGGGGAGCACAGAUACCCAGGCUGUCCUAGGCUGCCGUGGGUGCUGUGGGAAAAGCUGGACCGUGAGCUUGCUGUGAGCUUGUCUCCGUGGACAGAGCUGCGCCCUUGGGUCCCUGUGGUAGAAGGAAGUGGCUCUCUUCUGCAGUGUUGUAAGCCAUCGUCUUGAGGCCUGGCUCCUUAUCCUGAGUUCUCCAUUGUUCUGUGAUGCUUUCAAGAUUGACUUCUGCUGAGUCCUUUGGGACUAGAAGGAUUUUCUUGCAGCCUCAAGUACGUAUUUCUACAACGGGCAUCCAAUAAGACGGGUGGAUAUCAUGGGAGCCGUCAUCAGCGUGAAAGAAAGAGAGGCUUUCUACAGCUAUGGAGUGGACGAUGCCACUGGGGUUAUAAACUGCGUCUGCUGGAAAAAGAAGAGCAAUUCUGAAUCUUCCUCAGAUACAGCCGUUCUCAGCACCACGAGAGAGCUGAGGAUGACCUCACAGCUUAAGAAGCUGCAGGAGACCAUCGAGCAGAAAACCAAGAUAGGGAUUGGGGAUGUCAUCCGAGUCCGAGGCUAUGUGCGCAUGUUCCGAGAAGAGCGAGAGAUCUGUGCCACCAUUUAUUAUAAGGUGGAUGAUCCAGUGUGGAACAUGCAGAUUGCACGGAUGCUUGAGCUGCCGGAGCUCUACAAGAAGGUGUACGACCAGCCCUUCCACAACCCAGCCCUAAAGGAAGAAGAGGCACUAAACAAUAAAGACACUUUGGAUCUCGCUGGCCUCACGUCUUUGUUGAGUGAGAAAGUUAAAGAAUUCCUCCAGGAGAAGAAAGUGGAAAGCUUCUUCCAGCAGGAGUUAGAAAUGGUGGAGUCCUUGCAGUCUCUGGCCAGUCAGCCUGUGACCCACAGCACGUGCUCGGACCAAGUGGAGUUAAAGAACAACAGCACUUCUGAUGUACAGCAUAGUGUGUUUAAGAAUGCUCUACAGUUGCUUCAGGAAAAGGGGCUCGUGUUCCAGAGAGAAGGCGGCUCUGAUAAGCUGUACUAUGUAACCACCAAAGAUAAAGACCUGCACCAGAAGAUCUACCAGAUCAUUAAGGAAGAGUGUCAGAAACCAAAUCAUAUGGAGAAGGGCUGCCACUUGCUGCACAUCCUCAACUGUGUGCACCUCAGCCUCCGCUGGGACCUGAGCAAGGCUGUGCUGCAGCAGGUGCUGGAGCUCCUGGAGGACCAGAGUGACAUCGUGAGCACCGCAGACCUCUACUACACGGCCUUCUGAGCCGAGCCGUGGAGCAAAGACAGGUGGCCUUCCCCCAGGUUCUGCUCACAGGCACAGUACAGACUUACAUGUGUAUAAUCCCGUAAUAAAUUCUGAUAGUCACAAGACUUACAUGUGUAUAAUCCCGUAAUAAAUUCUGAUAGUCACAGGAAAAUAGGGCUGCACUUCCUGCUGCUUGCUGUGUCCUGAGACAGAUGGCUUUGUUGUCAGCCAUGACACACACAAACCCUCCUUGUCAGCUCCCUGGCUGGACUCAGCGCCACUCAGUAGAAUGGGAGGAAACAGUGUUGCUGGAUUAAUUACUGUGUCUGAAUUCAGGGGCCCCAUCUUCAUAGAGGGACAUCCCAGGGUCAAGACUCCUACACAUCUGGAGAGCCAGUAGCCAGACUCCACUGUCUGAAAAUGUCACACUCCAGGUUACCACACACGUCCCCACCAGGUGCCCCUGAUGUGUUGAAAGCUCAUAUGGGACCCUGCCUCCUCCAGCAAUUGACAUUUGCCUCUGGGUCCUGAGGCUUCAGCAGUAGCAGUGAGGGCUGCUGAGGCUUGCGCAUCUGCAUUGGAAAAUAAAGAAUCUGACACAUGG